AAACUCAUGCAGAGAAAGCUUUUUCAUCAACCCGGACUGAACGCAUCCUUCCAUGACCAAAGUAAGCUGCACGAAAAACAAUAAAAGAAGAACUCUUAAGACGAGUAGAACACCAGUAAGAACCUCAGAUUCAGUCAGUUUUAAAAGUUACCUUUGAGUCCGUCAAAAUGAAGCCUACAGGAAUUACAGCAAUCAUCUUUAUAGCAGUCUUAUGCUGUCCAUUGUUUGUAUCAUCGGAGCCAUUGACAUGGUCAUGCCUGGUGCUUGACAUCUUUGAGCAACCUUCUUUCCAAUGUAAAACCGGAGUGGAUUCUUGCACGCUAAAGAGGUACGAGUGCGACUCCGUUGCUGACUGCGCUGACAUGUCGGACGAGGAUCACUGCGCAGAGCAACAUAAAGAAAGUUGUACUGCAGAUUUCCUGAAUAAGAAGACCAUGAAUGGCGAGCCUCUUCAGAAGUUUGAGUGCGAUGACGGCAUGUGCAUCUUAGGCUGUCAACGAUGUGAUACUACGGUCGACUGCUUAGAUGCUUCGGAUGAAAUUGGGUGUGGCCCCAACGAGCCCAAACCGCCUUGUAAUUAGAGAAACAGUUUACUACUUUUGGGAGUAAGAAAACAGCUUCAUUCAUUUACGAAGUUUAUAUAAUUUUUAAAGAUUUCUUGACAUGUAUAUUGUGAUUAUUAUUAUAUCGGAAAUUGAGUGGCACCAUCGCAGUCUACAAAUCGAAUGAUCCAAACUGCCUUGUAACUACAAGUUGUAGUUAAAGCAACUCUUUACAACUUAAGGGAUUUAAGCAAACAACUUCAUUUAUAAUGUCAAUUUGUUUUCUUCUAAGAUUUUGUUAAACUGUAUGAUUAUUCAAUGUGGCACGAUCGCAUUCUACCAGUCGAAUUAUGCAAACCUCCUUGAAAUAUUGAGAUUAACAGUUUACUAAUUUGGAGAUUUAAGAAAACAGCUUCAUUCAUUUCUGGAGUUAAUAUAAUUUGUUGACUCAGAUUUCUUGACAUGUAUAUUAGAAUAAUAAUAAUACCAAAACUGAUGAUCAUUAUAUCAGAAAUUUGGUGGCACCAUCGCAUUCUAACAAUCGAAUUAUCCAAACCGCCUUGUAAUUAGAGCAACUUUUUAAACUUUUGGGGAUUAAGGAAAACUACUUAAUUUAUGAAUUUAUUAUUUUUCAAAAUUUACCCAGUCAGUUUCCCUUGUGGUUUAUAUUGAUAUCAUUUGUUGACCUGUAUUUGAAUGUUAUCAGAAAUGUGGUGGUACGAUCGCAUUUCUACAAAUCGAACUAGGCCUAUCCAACAGGAAAAUAUUGAAACAUAGUUCCAAUGUAUCACAAUUCUACAAAUUGAACUAUCCAUUUCCAAACAGGAAACAAGCAUCUUUCAGAAUGUAUUAAUGAGAAUCAAACUUUUACUUUCUCAUAAUUUGUCCAUGCCAUAUUUGAAUUUUACACUGCCCUUGUUUUGUUACUAUUUCAUUACUUUUUGAGUAGCUAGGAAAGGAAAAUACGAAUGCUACAUUUUUCUGCGUAAUGGUUUUUAAUUUUAAGGGGUUUACGAUAUUGGGAAUAUAGAAUUAGCGGUUGCAAACUGCUCACCAACCAAAAUCGGCAAAAUGUCAUAAAAAAUGCACCAAAAAAAGUAUAUAUAUUUUGUAAUAACCGUUUCGAGAAAGACUCUGCUAUACGGUCAAAACGCCAGACCGCUAACUAUUUGUUUGCAUUACGAUAUUGUAAACAAUUUCCCACUUUUAGCCGUUUAGUUCAUGGAAAUCUUUUUAAAUAUGAAAAUGAAUUGAAAUUAUUUUGUACGAUUCUGAAAACAUGAUAUAU